AUGGUGUUGACUCAGGAGUGUAGUAAACUGUUCAAAAGAAAUAUUCUUGAGAAGCAAAGAGACCCAGGCAACUUUACUAUGCCAUGCUCGAUCGGAGGAAUAGAUGUAGGCCAUGAUUUAUGUGACUUGGGAGCUAGUAUCAAUUUAAUGCCCCUCUCAAUUUUUAAAAAGCUCGGGAUUAAUGAGGCAACACCUACCAUGGUAACGCUACAACUUGUGAACAUAUCCAUUAUAUACCUUGAAGGGAAGAUCGAAGAUGUAUUAGUAAAGGUUGACAACUUCAUUAUUCUGAAUAAUGAAGCUGACAGAGACGUCCCAAUGAUCCUUGGACACCAAUUUUUAGCUACCGACAAAGUCAGGAUUGACACACAUAAAGAAGAAUUGACCAUGUUUGUAGAUGAUCAGGAAGUAAAACUCAAUGUGUUCAACACAUUAAAGUUCCCCGAUGACUUAAAAUCUUAUCAGUUCAACUACUUAAGAAAAAAUAGAACCAGGAAGUGA